GCCCAGGGCAGAAACGAUAAGCAGCUAUCGUUGUUAAUUUUCAAAGCGCGGCUUUUCUCAUAUGCUGUAGUAACACUAGCGAAAGGUACAGCGUAAGUCAAGUCACAUAUAGCACAUAGCACACAGGAAGCUCUUGAAUAAAUCGCAGAAAUCUAAGUUUAUGAUGGUCACCACAUGUGGCGCGCGAUACCAUCGGUGGUAUGGCGACGAGGAUGGAAAGUUGUGAUGGUGGUUCGUCCAGUUUCUUGCAAUUUGAAACGAUUUUGGGGAAGGUUAGCUGUAACUUCAGCGUUUCUUAUGCUGCUAUGCGCCACCUUAAAACUCACGAUAAGACCACUACUUGAAACCGAAACUGGCGGACUACAACACGAAAGUUUUGAUAACAUCACCAGUAUCGAGGAACCGGUCGUCCUGUGGUGGACUCCGUUCACGAAGCAAGCCGGACAGUCCCGGAAAUGCGGCAAGCAUCGGUGCUACUUUACCGAAGACAGGCGGUUUUUACACCAUCAACACCUUUAUGCGGUUAUGUUCUACGGAAGCGAGCUCAGCGUGGGUGACCUCCCUCUCCCUAGAAACAUCCAACAUGACUGGGCACUGCUUCACGAAGAAUCGCCGAAAAAUAACUUCCUAUUCUGCAUGGCCAGUGUCAUGUCAUGGUUCAACCACACGGCUACCUUCCGAAGAAAUUCAGACUUACCCCUGACGCUUCAGUACCUGACGGGUGUAGACGACCUUGCGAGUAAGAAGUUCUUUCGGACUACGGAAGAGAAAAACUGGGCAACGCGCAACCAGAACCUGGCUCCCGUGGCCUAUGUCCAGUCGGACUGCGACACUCCCAUCCAACGAGAUGCCUAUGUCCAGGAGCUCAUGAAGCACAUUGCUGUGGAUUCCUACGGAAAAUGCAUCCACAAUGCAGACCUGCCGUACGAGCUGAGUGACGCAAUGCAAGCCAUGGAUGACGAACGCUUCUGGCAUCUCCUGGCACGCUACAAGUUUCACCUGGCAAUCGAGAACGCCAUCGCGGACGACUACAUCACAGAAAAACUGUGGAGGCCCCUUGUGGUGGGAUCUGUCCCCGUGUAUGCGGGAUCCCCUUCCGUGUCAGACUGGCUUCCGAAUGGACUACAGAGCUCAAUCUUGAUUGCGAACUACAGCACUCCUCGCCAACUUGCUGAAAGGCUAAAGGAGAUUGAUCGCAACGACUCUACGUACGACAGUUUCCUAAUGCAUAAGAAUCGAGGUGAAGUGGCAAAUGAGAUGCUAAAGGCUACGCUUCAAGCUAGAACCUGGGGAGUGAACAACGAACGGGAGAAGCCGAACUUUGUAGAAUUAUUUGAGUGCCUCGUGUGUGAGAGGGUGUGGCACAGGAGGGCCAACACCACGGCCAGAUUCCAAGCCGACAAAAGCCACUACAGCUGCGAUGCCCCGAAAAGCUUGUUGAAGGAGGGCAAGGCCAGCUGGUGGAAUGACCGGUACAAACAGGCCAUUUUUGAAGCUCAGGCACUCGACCACUUCCUUGUUCGCAACAUGCAUUUCAAAGAUACAGACUUUGAAAACAAAAUGCAGGAAAUCAUGCAUUAGCCAUUACUUAAAACCUGUUUUGUUGGUUUAAAACAGACUGGCAUUGAAAGGGUCAAAUGGUUACACGCCGAAAUUACUGUUACUUUCUGCUCAUUCUCAUAAGGUAGACCUGUAGUGGUGCAGUUGCAAAAACAUUCAAGCAAUGCAAACCUUUGCAUUGGUCUGCAUAAGUGGUACACUGCCCCCUGCCUACAGAACAAAAAUGCUGUGACAAAUACGCACAUUACCACGUCAAAAGCGUGUUGUGUCAGACUUGCACGUCCCACAGUCGUAUCAAGAAACAGAAAAAUUGCUGAGCAACGCAUAUUUGUCUGGCAAUGAGCUACUUGUGUGAUUGAAGGGAAACCUCCAAACAUCCUCCUCAACACACAGUGCACUUGUUCAGAGAACUCGACGUGCCACGAACCUUCGGAAUGUUCUGUGUCGGACACACUCUCUAAAUCCACUUGCACCUGGCAGCUGUGGAAACGAUUUGUACACGUAUUCCUGCAGAAUGCGCAAUGCAUUAAAAGCGUUCUCGGAUGUGGCACUAUGUCCAUGUCCUCUUCAGAACGGUCCCAACAGUGAAACUAUUUAGCAGUCUUUAAACAAGCAAUGACGCAUGUGGUAACACCAUAGAUGACUUGGGAGUUCAAUAACCCAGUCCCCUUUGGAACGUAACAGAACCACCAAAAAAGCGCAAAUCUUAUGGAAACGAAAACUACAAUGGUGGUAAUGGAAACACACAAAUAAAUAUGAGUCAGUCAAGGAAGUACAGUCAAACUCCUUUAUAGCGAACACCUUUUUAACGAAAAUACCACUACAGCGAAAUUUUUUUGCGGUCCCGCUGGAGCCUAUAGGUCCAAUAAUGGACAUCCUUUUUAACGAAAAUACCUUUACUGCGAACUUUUUUUGCUGUCCCCUGAGCUUCGUUGUAAAGGAGUUUGACUGUAGUAACAGAAACUAAACAGACACUUUUCCAUAAAACAUACAUAGAACACCGGUUUCCAUGCCCGGAAACAAACCCGUUGUUUACCAUUUGUGCCACGUGUAUUUUCCUACAAGUGCAAUAAUCGUUUGUGCAUAUCUACCCAAUAUCCGCGCGGAUACAGAUGCACCAAUUUCAACUGCGGAUGUGAUGGCAGACCUUACAUGCGCUGGUAUCGUGAGAAUGUGGAUUACCAUGUCAAUGCUAUCCACACUCGCCCUUUCCCAGUACCAGUUAAGUACGAGAGCACUCCACACAAGCAGCACGUUUUUCAGUCGCACAAGUUUUUAUUUUUUUUAAAGCUCUCUCUCUCUCUCACACUAGAUUGGUUGCUUUCUUUUUAACUUACAGCUAUGAAGUAAUCAUCGUUUUUUACCAUUCUCAUAUAAAAACAGCUGAUGAUGAUGGAAAAACAGCAUACUCUUUGAGGAAAAGGGGGGCGGGAGAGUGUUUACAAAAGAAAAGGACUAACGUAGGGCACCACCCGCGAAACAGGAGGGGGGCGCUACUGCUUUUGAGUCACUGACGCACUCCAUAUUUACAAUGAAUAGUACACACACGCAUGUGCGUGCUUCUCCGAAAGACUGUUUAAAAAAGGACAGGAAACGUGCACAUUUCCCUGGCAGAACAAAGUGCACUACGAAGGUUGGUGGCAGCAAGGGUGCAGGGGGGGGAGGAAAAGGAAGUCAGACGCUUUUCAUCUCGCAAAAAAAUAAGAGAAUUGUAGAUCUGUACAGGACCGCACAAGAACGGGUCAAAAGAAAAAAAAAAAAAAAAACGCCCUCGGAUGAUUCUGAGUGGUGGUGGGGUGAGUGUGUGGCAGAGCUCACCAAGCAGACUCCGCCGACACACAGCGCUCUCCUUUCCGGGUGUCUCCCAAACAACGCGUGAAUUCCGAGAUCCAGCUCUUAACUCAUCUUGUCUUUUCUUUUCUUAAACGUUUGGAAUAUGUACAAGAAAUAUAGCUCGUGAAUAAAUAGUCACUAUAACGCACGUCCCAUUUGUGGAGGAGUGGAAGUUAAGGGUCAGUUCCUCCACCGCAUUCACAAAUGCACGUAGCGGAGGAAGUUUGGGACACUCAACGGGGAGCACGAUGCGCAGUCCGGGGUAAAAAAAGAAAAAAGAA